AUGACGAACCAGCUACCGACCCAUAACUAUGCUAAGGAUGACUCUUUUACUUCUGACUUGCACUCUAGUGACCGGGCGUUCAUUCUUAUGAACAAGCUCGCUCAUGGGGGCUCCUACCCUGGCCGAGAAGAUGAUGAAGCGGCCAUACUCGUCUUCUGUAACAUUCGGAAGGCUGCUGCACUACCGCACACGAGGCAGCAAGAGUUGGGUGUGUCACCGAGAGCCUCGCCGGGCGCACUGCAAGAGUUUGCCGGACCGGCGGCGGCGGCCUCGGCGGGUGUUGCGCCGCUGGACUCGACCACUCAAGAGGUCGAUGUGCCCCUGGUUGCCCCUCUGGCCCCACAGACACAGGAAGAGCCCGUGGCUGCGCUAGUUGAUGCCCCGUCCUGCGCUAGGGGAAACCCCGCGGUCUGGACGGAGGCACAGUCAGCUGCAGAGACCACCGAGAUGGACGCCGUCGAACUGCCGGACGCAAAUCUUGCCGAGGCAGAACGUCGCGACAUCGACGCUGACGACGCCCGCGCGCCCAGAAAGCGCCGGGCUGUGACGCACGACGAUUCCGACAACUCCGUGACCUCUGACACCGCGAGGCCGCGGAAGAAGGUGGCUAGGGCCUCCCGCGCCUCCACCACAGAGGCUGUGAAGACAGUUGCGGGCUCCUCCCGGAACACCGCCAAGCCGAGACCGGCAACGAAGACGCAGCGACCCACUCGCUCGCCUGCUGUCUCCCGGCAGCCUGAUGCGGACGGCUUUCAACGGGGCGGGGCUGCUCCUUCUCAUAAAGUGCACCCGUCCACCAGCUUUGCUGCCGCCACCGAGGUCGGACCGUCUGCCUCCUCCACCCAGCGAACAGAGCAGGCCGCUGGCGAGAGGCAGCAGCCGACUGCGCCGGCCACGGCUUCGCCCGGGAUGGUGGCAACCACCGCACCCACGGCUGGCGCGCGGGAUGCCGCCACACGCAGGCGUCGCCGGCGCGCGUGCCGGGCCACCACUGCCGCUUCGCAACGGACUGCCGCCGACACCCUGCCGCGGCAGCAGCCGGCAACUCGUGCUGCGCCGCCACUGCAACCAGCUGCCGAUGUUCCACGGCAGUCGGCUACUACGGUGCAGUCACAACAAGCCGCCCCCGUAGCGGAGGCCGCCCCAGCGGCCCCCGCCGCCCCCUCGGCUCCCGACGCCGCUGAGCUCCGAUCGCUUUUGCGGUCGUUGAGCCAGCUGCUCGAGCAACUCCCGGUGCUCGUCACCGCGGUCACGACGGCCCUCCAGGCCGGCGUUGCUACUUCUCCCCGCCACGGAUAA